AGAGAUAUAAAAGGACGUCGAGUAGGGCAUGAUUUCCACCAGUAGUCUUGCCAGUGAGUUGAAUGCAGGAAGUGAGUUUGUGAAGUCAACAUCUAAGUGAACGUUACAAAAAAGUUGACAAAAUGCUCCGAAAAGUAUCAAUUAGUUGUUUGUUUUGCAUAAUUCUGCUAGUGAAUAUUUCACUUAGCGCAUGUCAAGCAACAACCGCCGUGCCCCCCAUUUGUGAAAAUGCAUUACUGGACGAGAUGCCUCAACGGAUUAGAAAAGUUUGCAAUGCCCUGGAAAAUUCAAACCAGUUUGCCGAAGCUCUGAAUGCUUACAUCAGGAAGGAAGCAGCAGCACUGCUAUAUCAAGGUGAGGAUUUACUGGCUCCAAGCAGCAAUGGCAAACGGACUGAUGUGGACCACGUAUUCUUACGAUUUGGUCGAAGACGUUAAACUACGACAUUCAUUACAGAUAUCUCAAUUUGCAAAUUGCAAAUUGCAGUUGGCUUUUUUUUAUUAUGAAUGAAAAUGUGGUGCAAAUUACUACAACAUGAUUCAUGAACGUUUCCAAAUAGCCCCCAAUGUGAAAUUUCUCGAUAUGAAAAUGCCAAUGUAAAUAUGUAUAUUCCAUUCCCAAUGAUGCUAGAUGAUAAAUUGAAUGAAUAAAUUAAGACCAUAAAUUAUU